AGAAUUUUGUAACAACAAUCCAUUAGAAUAAUAUAAACAUUGGUUUUAUUGAUUAGAAAAGUCAUCGGCUGUCUCCGUUUGAGUCUAACUUGAGGCUUUGGCAGCCGGACGUUGCAUUAAGUGUUGUACUUUUCAGCUACGGGGAAAUUAUAUCACGCAUUGAAUUGUGGCUAGUUUGCCAGAUAUCUGGAAUCAAAAUCAAAGCUACUGAAACUUUUCACCCCACCAAGAGAAAAUGGAUUCACACGUUUUCACGGACUUCUCCAAAGAUGAUUUGUUAUCUCUGGCAUCGCUGCGCCUCCUGGUGCCCCCUCUGCAGCUCAUGGCCGCCUCUAUGUGGCAGGUGUUGAGGAAACAAGACAUUAUGAACUACUGGCAGGUAUCAGACUUUGUGUCGCUGGUGGUGGACAUGGUCCCAGAGCUACUGAUGUUCAAGCAUAGGACUCAACUGAAUUUAGGAUUAAGAGUUAGGUAUAUUAUUGAGUUAUGCCGAAUUGAGCAGCCCAGUGAGAUGAUUCUGUCUUACUUGGACAAGAUGACAUCAACACAUACCACUCUGGUAAAAGAAUCAGAUGAUGAGUUGGUAAAACUGAACUUUCUCGAGUUGAUUCAAAUUCUUCUCAAGGAUUCUGAAGAAAAAAAUGACUUUUUUAUGGAGAUCUUCCCUGCAAAGUACGGUCCUCAAUAUGACAGUGACUUGCAGAAGCUGUUCGCAGAGUUUCUCUGCCGACUCUCUCAGCUGUUGCCAGUUCCUGACCUGCAGCAGACUGUUUACUGGCUUGGAGCGGAGGGUUUUCUAUUGGAGGACUGUUUACAGACUGUCACUGAGCCCACAGGCCUGAAAAAUCUGCUGCAGCAUCACAAGAACCUCAGGCAUUUAGACCAACAUGUACCACCUGCUAGUAUGGGUGAUAACAUCCUCUCCUCACUUUGUGCCGUUCCCCCACGGAGACUGGCAGAAACCGGCGAGCAACCCAACUAUUCGGGUCCACUGCAAGACCUCCGUGUUGAAACACAAUCUGUACCAGAAAUAAUGGAAAUAGUUACAGUUUCUGAUAACUCAGAGGUUGAAGUAGAUGCGAGCACCAACGCUGAAGUAGUGACAGAAGAAAACAGCUCUGAAGAAAAAGAAGACACAGUAGCUGAACAUUCUGUAGCCGUAUCUUUGGAGAAGUCAAAUGAAGAGGAGCCAGAAAGAGAAGCAACAAAACUUCCAUCCUCUUCUCAAUGUAAAACUGUUGCAGGACCACAUGACUGCCCCCACUGUGAGAAGAAAUUUAAGUUUGCCUCUUCGUUGCUGGCACACAGCGUCAUCCACACAGGCGAACGCCCUUACUGCUGCACUGACUGCGGCCGCUGCUUCUCCUUCAGGCAGUCCCUUGACAGGCACAGACGCACCCACAAAAAUGGCCGCACCUACGACUGCGUCAUCUGUGGGGAGACUUUCCAGUCUGUAGCAGCCCACACACAGCACAGGCAAACACAUACGGAACAUGGCGUGUACUCGUGCCAUCUUUGCAAUAAGACAUUUAGCUGGAAGCUGGCCCUUGCAAGGCACUUAAAGACUCACACCAAUGAUGGCAACUCAGAAAAGCUCAAAGACAGCUCCAGGGAUGUACAAAAGACUGAAAAAGCUCUGGAUGUCAACGAAGAUGAGGCUGAACCCACAGAUCCGGACUGUCUGGUGGAAGUAGGGGAUCAGCAUCCACUGAGGUGGGAGUGUCAGAGUGGUGAUCCCCCCUCCUCUGAAUCUAUGCGAGACAAUGGUAUCAAACAACUGAAGGUCCGCACCAGUGAACGCAAACGUCGACCCACUAUGAAGAUCCUGGCGAUAAAUUUACAGAAGCACAGGGCCACUAAUCAAAGGAACGAGUGCAGCAGGGUCAACCCUUCUGCACCGAGACCUUUACCUAUCAUUAGUUUGGAGCACUCCUAUGGAUCACCUAUGGUCUCAAAGCAAGGUGAUAAAGGUUGUCCACCAGAUGCUUCAGUAGUUGCUUUCUCCUGUCCUCAGUGCCCCUUCCAGCACUCAGAGGAAGGGCAAGUCCUGCAGCACAUUAACAAAGUUCACCUCACUGAUACUGCAGAUCAACACGGACACUUAAGCUGUGCAGACUGUGGAAAGGUCUUCAGGUUCCACUCCUUACUGAAAGCCCACCAGCGCGUGCACACAGGUGAGCAGCCGUUUUCAUGCUCCCAGUGUGGACGGCAGUUCUCCUUCAAGCAGUCACUGGAGAGGCACAAGCAGACACACUCAUCUGAAAACAAGUUCUCAUGUUUGUUCUGCGGGGAGCAGUUCAAGUCGGCGGCAGAACAAACUAGGCAUGAGAGCGGCCACUUAGAGGAUGGGGACUAUCAGUGCUCAGAGUGCGGUCAGACGUUCAGCUGGAAGGCUGUAUUUGUGAAGCACCUUAAGACCCAUGGAGUGGAUGCUGCCGAGGUGGAAGACUCAUACAAGUGCUCUAACUGUGACCUGGGCUUUAGCUGUGAAAGACACCUGAACAAGCACAUCCUUACCCACAAAGAGGAAAAACUUCACAGAUGUAACUGUGGGAAGAGCUUUCCUUACCGGGCAGCUCUCACCGCCCACCAACGGACACAUCAAAGAGAGCGGCCGCACAUAUGCACACAGUGUGGGAAGGGCUUCCUCUAUAAGGGUGGGUUGUUGAGCCACAUGAAGAUCCAUUCUGAGGAAAUGCCCUUCAUGUGCUCAUUCUGCGGCAAGAGCUUCAAGAGGGAGCGCAACAUGAAGAAGCACGAGCGCUGCCACACCAGGGAAAACAUCUUUAACUGCUCGCAGUGCGACAGGAGCUUCGUGUACAAGGCCACCUUAAUCAGACACGAACUGACGCAUUCGGGCGAGAGGCCGUACCUUUGCUCCGACUGCGGCAAGGGUUUCUUCUCGCACGCGGAGCUCUUAAAGCACGAGCGCUUCCACACAGGCCACAAGCCAUUUCAGUGUCCUCAGUGUGGCAAGAAAUUCACUCAGUCCUGCUACCUGACCAUCCAUCUGCGCUACCAUACGGGGGCCCGGCCGUACUCCUGCUCCGAAUGCGACAAGAGCUUCCUGAGCGCCAACCGGCUAAAGAGACACCAGCGGACGCAUUCUGGGGAAAAGCCUUAUCCGUGUUUAGAAUGUGGAAAGGGAUUCAGGCAGUCCUAUCAUCUUAAAACACAUCUACGGACACAUCUGUCAUAAAUACAUCAUCUAAUAAUUAAGACUCCAAAUGCUAAAGCAUACAACUCCCUCCAGACCUAUUGGCAUCCAUGGUAAAUAUGUGUAAAAGGCUUUAUAAAUAUACAGGUCCUUCUCAAAAUAUUAGCAUAUUGUGAUAAAGUUCAUUAUUUUCCAUAAUGUAAUGAUGAAAAUUUAACCUUCAUAUAUUUUAG